CAUAAAUAAACAGAAAUGAGACUCGCAUUUCUGUACCGCGGUCCAAAAUUAGCAUUAUUACUUACUCGAAACUUCUCAGAGGGAAAUGUGCCGAAAGCGUUGCGAAGCUUAAAAUCAAAGUCCACGAAGACAAAUAUUCAGUAUUAUGUAGAUUCUUGUAGAGUUAGAGCGGUCGCUGGUAAUGGGGGCGAUGGCUGCAUAUCUUUCCUUAGUGCCUGGUGUAAGGACCGCGCUGGACCUGAUGGGGGCGAUGGGGGUCAUGGUGGCCACGUUAUAUUUCAAGCCACUCACUCUAAGAAGAGCUUGAAUCACUGCAACACAGUUAUCCAAGCUAAGCCCGGGGACAAGGGCUCAUCGAAGGACUGCAACGGAAAGAAUGCUCAACACGUUGUCGUACAGGUGCCCUUAGGCACGAUAAUCAAGGAUAGUGCGGGCAGGGUGGUCGGGGACUUGCAAGAGGAGGGGAUGAUGUUCGUGGCGGCCAGGGGGGGCGCGGGGGGAAGGGGGAACAAGUUCUUCCUCACCUCCACCGAGCAGGCACCCAUGAUAGCGGAGCAUGGAGCGGAGGGGGAGAGCCUCCAAUACACGCUGGAGGUCCGGUCCAUGGCCCACGUGGGUCUCAUCGGGUUCCCCAACGCUGGCAAGAGCACUCUCCUAAGGGCUGUGAGCCGGGCCCGGCCCACCGUAGCCCCUUACCCCUUCACGACCCUCCGGCCGCAUAUUGGUAUGGUACCGUACGAUGACUACGAACAGGUGGCGAUCGCAGAUCUACCGGGUUUGAUUCCCGGCUCGCACAAGAACUAUGGACUCGGUAUCCAAUUCCUCCAACACGCAGAAAGAUGCAAAGGUCUUAUAUUCCUUUUAGACGGUAGCGAUGACCCUUCAGAACAGUAUGACAUCUUAAGCUAUGAACUAUCUCAGUACAGCAAGACGUUAGCGGAGCGACCCAAGUGUAUCGUAAUCAAUAAAAUAGACCUCCCCGAGGCCAGGCUGAAUUACAACGAGAUGAGGAAAAGUAUGCAAGUCAUCGGCAUAUCAGCGAAGACGGGACUCAAUUUGGCUGAAUUUUUGACGGUUAUAAGAAAAAUGUAUGAUAGCGAUGUCCAGUAGAUAAGUUUAGUUCAGAAAUAAAAUAAUCUUGUUACCGUUUA